AUAACGUAUCUAUGGUGUGUAGAACAAUUAUGCUCGAAUGAACCAUGAAUAUAAUAAUAAUUUUAUAGUAAACUGUAAACAUUAUAGCAUUUGCAUUAUGCUACCUACUUCCGUGACGGUCAUUGUUGACAUUUGUUAAUCGUGGGCCGCCGCACCAAUAGUAAACAAUAGUAAUAAAUAGGUAGGCUAUUGUACCACCCACCUACCGAUAACAAUAAAUAAUCACAAUAAGUCAAUAAUAUUUACUGUUCGGUUCGCGGCGGAAGGAUAACGUAAACAGUACCGCGAAAACACGAAAUUCGCAAUCGCAUCCGAUCGGUUGUUUGCUCGCCGACGACAUAAUACAAUAACCCCGAAAACUCGCGUGCUCGAGCUAUGAACGACGACGACCGCAGUCGACAGGCAAAGCUCGACGAUCUGGACAUCACCAAACGGGAAUUGGACAGCAUCGGCGAGGCGUUGAAGAAUGAACAGUUCCGCAAACUGCUGUGCGAGUACGUGGACGAGAUCAACGACCCGGAGAACCGAGCGCAGUACGAGCGGGAGGUAGAACAGUACGAACUGGAACGCGGCACCCGAGUGACGUUCGUGCGGCCGCAGCCCGGUUACGUGAUGAAGACGAGCGCCGACGGCGUGCGGAAGGUGUUCAUCAACGUGUGCUGUUGCGAUGUGCUGCAGAAACCGACCAGCCGUCCAGGUAGCGGYGGUGACCAUUGGUCCCUGCCGCAUUGUCUGUCACCGGUACGCGAGGACUACGACAAGGCCCACAAGCCGUGCGACGUGUACGAUGUGGUGUUUCAUCCGGACGCGCUCAAGUUUGCCGCACACCGCAAGAAUCUCAAAGAUAUGGUCGAGGACACGGCACUCAGUAUGAUCGAGAAGAACAACAACGUGGUUUUGGACAAGGCUAAUCUCAAGUAUCCGAGAAUUGCGUUCAAAGGUGUUGCCCGGUCAUUGGUCAUACGUAAGUCGAUCAAGGAUUUCCAGCCUUCUGCUGAAUUCCAGUCUGCUGAAUUGCCCGGGUGUCCUUAUAAGCCACCAGUUGACCGACCGGUUCAACAUUAUGAUCUGGGCGCAUUGAAACAAAAAUCACUUUUUACUGUUCCUAAGUACAUAAUAAAAUAUCGAAACGACAUAGACAUUCACGAACAUGGAUAUAAUAUGCAUUGCAAAAUGAAUGCGGUCAUACCAAAAAAGUUAAUUGUUGAAAUCAACUUACCGCUUCUGGACUCUUCAGCCAAUGUAGAGCUUGAUGUGCUCCCAAAAAAAUUAAACUUAAUUUGUCAUAAGCCUUCAAAGUAUAAACUCGAUAUUAGUUUGCCGUAUAGCGUAAUGGAAAAUGAAGGAAAUGCUACAUUUGAUCAAAGCACUAAAAAGCUAAUUAUAUGCCUCCCAGUGUUGCGGUCUGAACCAUCACUAGAUUAUGUAAAAAAUCUUAUUAGUGAGGUUGAAAUGUCAAAAGAUGAAAAUGAUCAUGAUUUUGAUAUUGAUAAUAGUAAUUUAGAUGCGGUUGUGAUCAAUAAUGAAAUUAACAAUGACGUUCAAAACUGUAAUACUAUGGUUGUUAAUAAAACUACARUAACUAAUGGUCAUGACCAUGUGAACUCAAAUGAUUUUAAAGAUAUCACUGUCUGUAAUAGCUAUAAUAAUAGUAAUAUCACUGAAAAUGAUGUGCACUAUAUCCUUCCAGAACAUGAAUUUAUUUUUGAAAAUAAAUGUUUUCUCACRCUCAAUGUAAAAAAUGUAGAUCCAACAUCGAUUGAUGUGAUAGUUAUUAAGGACAAAAAUUUGAUCUCUGGAAAAUUCCAUUCCAUUGGUUCGGGAUUUUUCCCUAUAUGGUUUGCUUUUUGCUUAAAAAUUCCAUCUGAAUCGAGCUUAUUAAAGUCUAAUGUCCACAUAUUACUUUCUGAUAAAAAUGUUCUACUACAUUUUUCCAUACAUUUUAAACCAGACAAUAAUCAAUACUGGUAUGGACUUGACCAAGAAAGCUUAAAAAUUCAGUGUAUUGAAAUAGAAACACUUCAGGAAAAUUCAAAACCUUUAACUAACWGUGUUACACUUCAUCUGAAUGAUAGUGACGAUGAUGAUGAUGAUGACGUAUUUGACAAUAGUAAGGAAGAAGAUGAAUUAAAUAAUCAAAAACAACAGAACAUCAAGAAAAAUGAUGAUGAUUAUCUGKGCAAAGAUAAAAAUGGUAAAACAUCCAAGGAAAAAAAAAAAAAGAAGAAAGGAAAUAAGAUUCAAAAGUCAAACGCUAUACCAAUAAAUGUUACCAACAGUUUACCAGAAACUAUUAAAACAAUAAAUUUCAUACCUGGCUCAUUACCAAUUGAAUUUAAUAACAUCAGACCAAUGAUUCGUGGGAUCUUAAAAAAAAGAGCUUUGUCUGAAUGUAGUACCAUAGAUAACACAAAUUUAUCUCCUCUAAUCAACAGUUCAUCUGUGGACAACGUAGACACUGAAAGUUCAGAUGUACUGGGGUCAAGUAUGAAUGAUUUUAAUUCAAAAAAAAACUGUUCGUUUUAAUGAUCACGUCAUCGAAAAAAAGAUUAAUUUCAAUAUUAGCAUAGCRGCACAAGCAAAAAAACACAGACAASGUCAACAGCGUAAGCGAAAUAUACGAGAAUAUAAUACUCCCAGUGAAAG